CUAACCUACAGAUUUUCUGAUUUGCUGUUCGUGUCGCACAAUUGCUAAGUCGAAAAUCUGUGGCUGGUAAACACAGCUUUUCGUUCUAGUAAAAUUAAACGAAAAUUAUCAAAAAUACCCAGUCAUUAUUAAUAGUGUAUAAUAAAAGCAUAAUCAUUCCGUAGCAAUUAGGGAACAUCAUCCAGACGAGCUGUUGCUGUUGCCGCCGCCGCCACCAUCGACUCUCCGAAAAAUGCCCGCAGUGCGCAAAUAUCGUCGCGAAACAAGUGAAAUCAGUUGCUGCCUCAAAUAUUUGCUCUUUACCAGCAAUGUAAUCAUCUGGCUGACCGCACUUGUGGUGCUCUCCGUUGGCAUUUGGGCCUGGACCGAAAAGGAUAUGUUUCGCAAUAUUAGCAAGCUAACAUUUAUUGCCUUAGAUCCCGCUUUUGUUCUAAUCAUACUGGGCACCAUUACCUUUAUGUUGGGUCUAAUGGGCAGUGUGGGAGCACUGCGAGAAAAUACCUGUCUGCUGAGCGCCUAUGCCAUAUUUCUGAGCGUUCUGCUGCUAAGUGAGAUUGGUUUCUGCGGGCUCGCGUUUGUGCUCAAGGACAAAGGCUGGAUCAAGGAUCAAGCUACUGAAGGUCUGCGAGCAUUUAUCAAGCACUAUCGCGAGGAUCCGGAUCAACAGAAUCUGAUUGAUUGGAUACAGGAGGAUUGGCUACAAUGUUGCGGCAUCGAUGGGCCGAAGGACUGGGAUAGCAAUAACUAUUUCAAUUGCUCCUCGAUUGCGAUUGGCAGCCGCGAGGCAUGUGGUGUGCCCUUCUCCUGCUGUCGCCGUCGACCGCAGGAGGUGAUCAAGAACAAACAAUGCGGCUACGAUGUGCGCAAGGAGGGCUACCCGGUGGAUAGAAAUAUACAUGAGCGCGGUUGCUUGCGCGCUGGAGAGGAUUGGCUGGAGACGCAUUUGAUUGGCGUGGCUGCCACAGUGGUUGGCCUGCUCAUCAUGCAGGUUACGCCGCAGGGCACGGAGCUUUCUAAGAUUAUUUAUGAGAAAGGCUGCGUUCAGGCUGGCGAAGAAUGGAUUGAGCAUAAUUUGAUUAUUAUUUCCACGGUUGUCAUUGGCAUUAUGUUCUUUCAGAUUCUGGGCAUUUGUUUUGCGCAAAAUUUACGCGCUGAUAUCUAUGCACAAAAAUCAAAAUGGCACUGACAAAUGGCGCACGCUGCCCCCACAGCAAUUUAGACAGGUAAGCGACGAUCACAGAAAGCAAAAAGCAAACAGCAACAGCAAUUAGCCACAAUGGAACUUUAACUGCAAGAACUACAACAACUAUAACUACAACUAUGCAUCAUCUAAAUCAACGCUUCGGUUAGUUACCUAUACUAUAAAUACCUAACUAUAUAUAUAUAUGUAUGACGAUGUAUAUAUAUAUAUAUAUAUGAGUGUCUACUAAACGCAAACGCAUUCCGUCUUCAUGGACAUUGACUAAAUAUUAACUAGGUUGCCAAAUUUUUUGCUGUUUUACGUAAGCUUCUUUUUUACCCUAUAGAAAACAUAACAAGAAAGCGCAAACACACAAUUUUCUAUACAUUUUUACACAAAAAGACAAAAAACGAUAAACGGGAAUAUAUUAUAUAUACAUAUAUAUAUAUAUGAAUGAAGAAGAGAAAAAGUAUAUUAACUCGAAAUGCAGCUGUGAUAUAUUUUUAGUAAAUGUAUAGAAAUGAGAAAAAUAUUCAAAUAUAUUUCAAAACGCAAAUCCAAUUUUCCAGAAUGCAAAACUUCGGCAAACCGAAGCGAAUAUGCCCUAGCAGAGUUUAUAAUAAUUUAUAGGGUAUCUGUUAACAAAUUAAAGAAUAAUAAUGCAACAUUCCCAACCAAAAUUCUACUGCAAGGGUAUUUGAUGAACACGAAAUUUCUUUUCAAGUGUAAACAGCAAAAAUCUAUCCCUAUAAAACCUAUAAAAGCAAAAUAUAUAUUAUAUAUAUUGCAGUAUUUUUUAUAACACUAGAAAACUAAAUAACAAAGAAAUUUUAUGUGGGGGCACUU